AUGACAAAUCUCCUCGCUCAUUGCUGGAAUGGCGGGCGAACUCAAACGUCAGAACGUUUCAUUUAUGUUAAUAAGCCGCUACCAACAAAUUUCACAGAUAGCAACGGACGUCCGACACAGAAAUUCGUUAGUAACAAAGUUACUACCUCAAAAUAUACCUUGUUUACAUUUAUACCAAAGAACUUGUAUGAACAGUUUCGUCGUGUAGCAAACUUCUUUUUCCUGUUGAUUGCAGUAUUACAAUUUUUUCCAGAAUUUGUUACGAUAUACCCAUUAGUUGCGGCCUUGCCUAUGAUUAUUAUCACUAGCAUAACAGCAUUCAAGGAUGGGUUUGAGGAUUUCAAGCGUCAUGUUACCGACAAAACUCUAAAUAACCGGACGACUCAGACACUCGGCAACUGGAAGAACGUAAACAGCGACUCUAGCGAGACUUUGUUUGGUUCUAUUAAAAAAUGUUUUGGUCUUGGUAAAACAGUUAGUGAUGGAGAAAGAGGGUCCCCUGAGUGGAAAGACACAUUAUGGAAAGACGUGCAAGUCGGAGAUUUUCUCAGGUUAAAAGACGGCGACUUUAUCCCAGCAGAUUUAAUUAUCCUAUCUACGUCCGACUCAAAUUCUCUCUGCUAUGUAGAGACAAAGAAUCUGGAUGGUGAAACUAAUUUAAAAAUACGGCAGGCUGUGCCAGAGACAUGUGAUCUGCAAACACCAAAAGACUGCGCAGAGAUCAAGUUUCACGUUAAGUGUGAGGCUCCGAAGGCUGAUCUGAUCAAUCACAAUGCAACACUAAUAUGGUCUGCUGAACGUGAUGAAACACCUAUCAAUUUAAACACAAUGCUAUUGAGGGGUUGUGUGUUAAAGAAUACAGAGUGGGUUAUCGGCUUAGUGAUAUUUACUGGCAAAGACACAAAACUGGCCCUGAAUUCAGGGGAGACUCCUUCUAAGCGAAGUCAGAUCGAGAAACAGAUGAACAUACAAGUUUUGGUUAAUCUAAUAAUCGUUGCGAUAAUGUGUAUUGUAUGUGCCAUUGGAACGAAGGUCUGGGAACAAUAUUAUGCCGACCGUGGUGAUGCUGCUCCAUUUUUAGCCAAAGAAAACUCUAGUUCCAGAGAGGCUGUGAUCUCUUUCUGGAAUGGGUUGAUCACAUUCCAAAAUAUAGUACCGAUAUCUUUAUAUUUAUCUAUAGAGUUCAUAAAGUCAGUUCAAGCGUACUUCAUCUAUGCAGAUGACGAAAUGACGUACCAAGGGACAUCUACGAUUCCCAAAAACUGGAAUUUAUCGGAUGAUUUAGGUCAAGUCGAGUACAUUUUCUCAGACAAGACAGGAACGUUAACUAAAAACGUAAUGGAAUUCCGCAAGUGCUCAAUAAACGACAAAAUAUACGCUGGAGAUCCAAUCGACGACAGUCAAUCAACCGCGGAUCCGGUGUCAUCUAGCAGCAGUCAGGUCCAUUCGGAACCGUCAUCAACCGAUAACUCGACAAACAAGAAAAGGGAUUCCAAAAAUUCUAAAAAAAUUAACAAGAAACCAGAGACCAGACACUUUGGAGACAAAAAUCUUAUCGCAGACCUAAACUCUGGUCAUUCAGAACACACAAGCAUGAUCAAUGAAUUCUUCACGCUCUUAGCAAUAUGUCAUACUGUCUUAGUCACCACUAAUAAAGAAGGAGAACAGCAGUACAAAGCGCAGUCCCCAGAUGAAGCAGCCCUCGUAAAAGCUGCAAAAGAUGUAGGUUAUACCUUUAAAGCACGCGAUACGAAUAGUAUUACUAUUGUCACCCCAGACGGAGAAAAACAAUUCGAGUUGCUUAACGUUUUGGAGUUUAACAGCACUCGUAAAAGAAUGAGCAUAAUUGUACGAGAGCCCCAGAGUGGCAAAAUAAAGUUGUAUUGUAAAGGUGCGGACAGUAUAAUAUUUGACCGGCUUAAGUUGGGUCAGGAUUACAUGGUUACAGGAGAACAUCUUCAAGAAUUUGCCAAUGAAGGUCUUCGAACAUUGUGUCUUGCCGUGAGGGAUAUUGAUGCUUCAUAUUAUGAAGAAUGGAAUGCAGACUAUAAAGAAGCCAUCGUUGCUACAACUAAUCGUGACUCUCGCGUUGCGGUCGUUUCUGACCGAAUAGAAAGAGAUCUAGUUCUACUUGGCGCGACAGCAAUAGAGGAUCGUCUUCAAGAUGGUGUACCCGAAUGUAUUGCCACUCUGAAGCGUGCAGGAAUAAAGAUAUGGGUGCUGACAGGCGACAAAUUAGAGACAGCAAUUAGUAUUGGAUUCGCCACCUGUCUCUUAAACCAUGACAUGAAUUUACUUGUUAUUCGUGAAGGAUCACGUGGUAGACCGAACGAUAUAGGUAUAUAUGAACAGCUACGUAGUGCAGCAGAAUUUUUCAAAGAUGAUCCUGAAAUACAGAAAGCCUUGGAAGAAAUGGAAGUUCCAGCAUCAACCGAAUCUACCGGUACACCGCGUCCAUCUCUGUCAAAUUUCCGUUCUAUGAGUAUGGGGGCAGAUUCACUCUUCUCCAUGCCUACUAGUCCGCGUAAUGGUGGAUAUGCUCUUGUAAUCGAUGGGGUUGCACUGAAGCACGCAUUAGAGAAGUGGAGACCCUUAUUAUUAAACUUGGCGUGCAAAUGUAAAGGAGUCAUAUGUUGUCGAGUAUCUCCUUUACAGAAAGCCGAGGUAGUGAAUUUGGUGAAGCACGGUAAGGAUGUCUUGACCUGUGCUAUCGGAGAUGGAGCAAAUGAUGUCAGUAUGAUACAGGCUGCUCAUGUGGGAAUUGGCGUUGUUGGUGAAGAGGGUCUACAAGCUGUUAUGUCAUCUGACUACGCGAUAGCACAAUUUCGUUUCCUCACUCGAUUAUUACUCGUACACGGACACUACGCAUACAUCAGGAACUCUUCGAUGAUUGUAAACUUCUUCUAUAAGAACAUGAUAGGCGUCGGGGUACUCUUCUGGUUUCAAUUCUUUUGCGGAUAUACAACAACAACAAUAUUCGAAUUCACGUACAUCCUGUUUUGGAAUCUGUUUUUCACCUCGACUCCAGUAUUUGCGAUCGGUAUAUUUGAUCGUGAUGUUCCCGAUAGAGUUGCUGUUCAAGUGCCCGAGUUAUAUAGAUGGGGAAUGGAGGAGAGAUCCUUCACGUUGGCUAGAUUCAUCAUGUAUAUGCUUGACAGUAUAUAUCAGUCAUUGGUAUGCUUCUUUGUGCCAUACUUUGCCUAUCGAUUAGGCAGUGUAAAUACUUAUGGUCGUCAACCUGACCUUUUGGAGAUGGGUACGACAAUGGCAGUUGCAUGUGUUACCCAGGCUAAUUUAUUCGUAGGGUUCAAUUUUAAGAAUUGGACUGUGGUUCAUCAUAUUGCAGUAUGGGGAUCCAUUGCUCUGAUGUAUGUGUAUGUUGCGAUAUAUACUCUUCUACCAAUCUCAUUAGUGUAUGGAUAUGAUCUAGUUGUAUACGGAGGGGCAACAUUUUGGGCUUGCAUAGCGCUGAUAAUAGUCAUAGCGUUCCUUCCUCGAUACGUCUACAGAUACUAUCAAAGGACAUAUUAUCCAAGAGAUGUGGACAUUAUCAGGGAAAUGGUCAAGAAGUCACCGAAUCAUGACUUUACGCAUGAUGAACGAGUGAACCCGACUCUCAAGAUGUCCAGAAUCCCGACAUCUGAUACAAUAAUAUCGUCUCAACGACCACCACAAUCUGACAGUACAACAUUUACACCUCGCCCCAGUUUUACAACUGAUCGUACGAUGCAGAAUCAGUCGCGAACACCAGAUUCUGCCAUGCAAUCCGAAUUUCUCGUACAGGAGUUACAGGAAGGAUGUAUAAUGGCCAAUAUGCAGACGGGAGAAGUAAUUCCAAUGCGUGGCUACGCAUUUGCACAGGAAGCUGGCACCGGACGCAUGAUCAUGGGUACAUUACGGCGUAGGAAAACUAAUCCAGCAUUGGCUACUGCUGCUCGAAAAAACAUGGCUAAGCCAAGUCCAUUGCGACGUAACAGUUUGCCUACUGUUAGAGCAUCGAAGGAUAUGACUAAUGUUAGAGCAUCGAGUGAUAUGUCAGAUCUUUUAGAUGGUGAGAAAAUACGGAUGGUGACGUUUACAGAGUCUGCAACAAGUAGUACUACCGCGACUGCGUACUCGUCACGUAGACAAAGUGAACUGGCGAGUGAAUCAAUAACCUUGGAACAAUUAUCUGGUGCUCAAUCCGAAACGGCUGGUGGCACGGAACGGAGUGGAGUAGUUAAUAAUAAUAAUGGUAUUGAAGCUAGAGUUCUUAAUAGGGUUGUUGAAAAUGUAAGUAGUGAAGAUAAUGUGCUUAUCGAGGUGGUUGAUAGUACUAGCAAUGACGAUAGUGUUUCUAGCCGAACAAUUGAUGACGUAAAUAAUGCUGACAACCGAGAGUCUGAUGUGUAA